GUCACGAAAUAGAGAAGUAGAGAAGAUAAGCAUGGUUGCUGAGUUUAGCUAAAAAAUUACUAAGUGAAAGAGGAAAGAUAUAAUUUAAAGUGCAGUGGCCUCUUGUGCCCAAAACCAUAAUGAUCUGAAGAGAGAGAAAGAAAAUGGUGCAGUUUUGUGUACAUUACGGAUAUCAAUCAGCGAUGGAAAUAAGUUAUAUACUCCGUUUGGUUUGUGUGCUUUUCUGCGAAGAGGACAUGAAAUAACGAAUUAACAAAGGAAGCCACCCCCUACUAAGACUUACGUGACAAAAUGAGGAAAAUCAAAGAUCUUUUCAAGUGGAAACCUGAGUACCCCGUACCAGAAGACAACAUGGAGAUAUCCACGCCAACAGUCGUGGAGCACACAGUUCAUGUUACUUUUAAUAAAACUACCCAAUCAUUUGAAGGCAUCCCAAGUGCAUGGAAAAGUUCUAUAGAGAAAGCAUUAAGUAAAGACGAGUUAGAAAGUAAUCCUGAAGCCGCAUUGUCUGCUGUGAAGUUUUACCACUACUCCAUAAAAAAGAAAAAUCCUGAUUUUAAACCCAUGGCCACAAUUGAAGCUAUUAAGGAAGAGAGGGAAGCCAUUGAACAUGUUUUUGAAAAUGGCAAAGAUUUAGCUGACAGUAUUGACAGUAUGGAAAUAACAGGAGAGGUAAGAAUUUGUACUAUUUUUACAGAAACAUAUUUGCCUUGGAAGCCUUGUGUUGUCUUUUAAUGGAUUUAUUUUGAA